AUGAGGUUCUCAGACCUGAUUGUCACCCUACUCCUCGGAUUCGGGGUCACAGCCAGCACUGCAUGGGACAACCCUCUAGUUUCCCUCGACUACGGAUCCUUCAAAGGCCAAUAUGACAGUACCUACAACCUCUCAUAUUUUCGCAAGAUCCCAUUUGCUGCACCACCAAUAGGGGAGAACCGCUUUCGCGCGCCUCAGCCACCACUGAAGAUCACCGGAGACCUCUAUGACACAAACCAGGACUUCGACAUGUGCCCCCAGCGCACAGUUAACGGCAGUGAAGAUUGUCUCUAUCUGGGUCUAUUCUCACGGCCAUGGGACGUAGCCAAGGAUACCAGCAGACCAGUGCUGGUCGUAUUCUACGGCGGGGCUUUCAUCCAAGGCAGCGCGGCAUUCACCAUGCCGCCAUCCUCAUUCCCGAUCCUCAACGUCAGCAACAUCAACGAUUACAUCGUCAUCUACUCCAACUACCGCGUCAAUGCCUUCGGCUUCCUACCCGGCACGGCAAUCAAGGACUCGUCGACCUCAGAUCUAAACCCGGGGCUAUUAGACCAGCAAUAUGUCUUAAAAUGGGUCCAGAGCCACAUCCAUCAUUUUGGUGGCAAUCCUCACAACGUAACAAUAUGGGGCCAGUCAGCCGGUGCCGGCUCAGUAGUCGCGCAGGUCCUCGCAAACGGCCGCCAUGGCCAACCGAAACUAUUCUCCAAAGCCCUUGCCAGCUCGCCGUUCUGGCCGAAGACAUAUAAAUACAACGCACCCCAAGCAGAAGAAAUCUACACCCAGUUGGCGAACCUGACAGGCUGUGAUAGCUAUAACAACGAUGAUGAGACACUCGCCUGUCUCAAAUCCGUGGAUGUCCAGAAGAUCCGUGAUGCAAGCCUGGUAAUUGGAGCAGGCAACACUUGGACAACGAGCUCUUACACUUGGGCGCCUGUGAUAGACGAUACCUUCCUAGUUGAGACACUCACAGACACUGUGAACAAGGGCUCCCUGGACACAGAGUUUGUCUGGGGAAUGUACAACACCCACGAGGGCCAGAAUUUCAUUCCGUCGGGUCUUGACAGCGCAGUUUUGGUUAAUGGAUUUAAUUCCUCUGUUGCGAGUUUCCAACAGUGGCUUUCGGGUUUCGUGCCUGGGUUGUCGACCAAGCAGAUUGGUGACGUGGAAUCUCUUUAUUAUCCCGCUGAGGGGGCUAACUUGAAUGAUAUCAGUGGAACAGAAUCAACGAUGUCCAAGAGACUAACCCUGUCGUUUAUGAAGGCUACGCGGGGGCUUUCGCGAGUUUUUUUCCAGACGGGAGACCCGAAUGCACACAAGGUGACGAAUACUUCACAGCCAGGUGUGCCGGAACUACAUACGGGCGAGGAAUUCGUCGUUGUGGAUGAUGGGCUUGAGAAUGUGAAGCUGGUCCACUUGAAGAAGAGGUGUGACUUCUGGCGAAGGCUGGCGAGGGAGAUACCCGUGUGA